CAAGUGCUUGUUCAUUUUUUGGUUAUAUAUUUUUCUCUUUCCUACUCGAGCUAUCCUCCGCUACGUUUUCAGAAAGAGAAAAAGUAAAGGGCGAAAGAAGCAGCACCAGGUCUUAUUAGAAAGUGAUUUUUUUCCUCUUGUUUCCGAUUAGAGUUUCGAGAAAGUCGGGGUUUUCAGUGUAGGAAAAGAAAAGAAAAACCUGAUCGUUUAGGGCUUUCAAAUUUGAGGAAUUAGGGUUUUCGAGAGGAUUUCAUUGCCUAGGGUUUUGUUACAGGACCUUUAUUAGUUUUAGAUACAGUCAGGUUAAGAUUUUGGUUUCUUUGAAGUGGAUUUUACUUGGCCUUGAUGUGAAUAAAGGUUGGGUUGGGUUGGUUUUUAGGGUUUGUGAGUGUGGGGGUGGGUUCAAUGGGGAGCACUGGUGAGGCUGACCGAAAACGGCGUCACUUUAGCUCCAUAUCGCCCACUGCUGUUGCCGCCAAAAAGCAACCGUUCUUGCCGAUUUCUGAGGAGAAAAGGCUUGAUGCUACAGUUCUGCAAUAUCAGAAUCAAAAGCUUAUACAGAAGUUAGAGGCACAGAAGUUUGAGCGUUCUGCUCUUGAGAACAAGCUCUCUCAACUGAAGGAGAAGCAAAAGCCAUAUGAUUCUACAUUGAAAGUGGUGAAUAAAUCUUGGGAAGCACUGCUUACUGACUUGGAAUCAUGUUCUGCCCACACAAGAGAGUCUAGCAGACAAGAUGUUGGAUGUGCACCCAGUAUGGAGGAUGGGGCUUCAUCUCCUACUGAGGAUGCUUUCCUUAGCCGACUUAUGGAGACAGGUGCGACUGAAAGUUCCUCUUCCAAUAAUUGCCCUGAGCAGAUGGAAGAAGAUAGAGAACAGAUUGCCUCUGAAAAGACUAGGAACAUUUUACACAAUAUAGUAAUUGCGAUUAAUAACCUAUGGCAUCUGAAGGAUGGAUUAUAUGCUGCAGUUCUGAAAGAGCAUCCGAAAGAUGGUUCAUGCAAGCAGAAGGCAUCUAGUGAACUAGAAUCAGAGGUUAAGAAUUUGAGAUUAGCAAUAGGUGAUAUUCAUUUGAAACACAGAUCUUUGGCGAGAGAAUUGCAGAGCCAUAGAGAUAUUGAUGCAAAGAAUAAGGUUGAGCUUAAACGUAUAAAAGGUGAAUUGGAGAGUGCACUUGCAGAACUGCAGGAAAGUAAUUGUAAACUGGCAACUCUUAGAGUGGAAAAAGAUGCAACUAAAGGGGUAUUUUUUCCUGUGUUAAAUCUUGGCAGUAAGCAUGUUACUGGUGAUAAAGCCAAAGAUAAGCAGAGAGCUCUGCAAGAAAUGGAGUCCACCCUCAAAGAGAUGUUGGAACAAGCUUCUUCUCGACUAACAGAACUAAAAGGUCUUCAUGAAGAAAGAAUAAAAUUAUUACAGCAUUCAUUAAAUUUGCAGAACACAUUGAAGAGUGUAAAGUGUAUUUCUUCUUCCCAACUGUACCUUUUGGUGAGAGAUCAACUAGAAAAGUCAAAGUCGGAAGUUUUCCAAUAUCAAGACUUAUUAGAGAAACUACAGGUUGAGAAAGAUAACCUGGCUUGGAGAGAAAAGGAGUUGAGUAUAAAAAAUGAUAUAGCUGAUGUUUUUCGGAGAUCAUUUGCAGUUGCUGAUUCUAGAGCUUCUCAUCUGGGGGCAGAGAUACAGCGACAAAUUGAAGAAAGAAAGAGAAUUGAAGCUAAGCUGGAAGAGGCAUCUAGAGAACCGGGAAGAAAGGAAAUAAUUGCAGAGUUUAAAAGCUUGCUGUCUUCAUUUCCUGAGGAAAUGAGUUCAAUGCAGAGUCAAUUAGGUAAGUACAAAGAGGCUGCUGUGGAUAUUCAUUCUCUCCGGGCUGAUGUGCAAUCUCUCUCCAGUGUUCUUGAUAGGAAGGUGAGAGAGUGUGAGAAUUUAUCUGUCAAAUCUGCUGACCAAGUUGCUGAGAUCCAUAAGUUGCAAGCCAUGGUCCAGGAUUUGAAAGACAGUGAUGUGGAGUUGAAGCUGAUAUUGGAGAUGUAUAGACGUGAAUUUACUGAUUCAAGAGAUGUUUUGGAAGCGAGAGAUUCAGAAUACAAGGCAUGGGCUCAUGUUCAAAGUUUGAAAUCCUCUCUUGAUGAGCAAAAUUUGGAAUUACGUGUUAAGACGGCUAAUGAAGCUGAAGCAAGAUCCCAACAAAGGUUGGCUGCUGCAGAAGCUGAAAUUGCUGACUUGCGACAGAAACUGGAAGCUUCUAAGAGGGAUACGGCUAGGCUUUCUGAUGCUUUGAAAUCAAAAAAUGAAGAAAAUGAGGCUUACUUAUCCGAAAUAGAGUCAAUUGGACAGGCAUACGAUGACAUGCAAACACAAAAUCAGCAGCUAUUGCAGCAAAUUACAGAGAGAGAUGACUAUAACAUCAAGCUUGUUUUGGAAGGUGUGAAGGCUAAACAACUGCAAGAUGCUCUACUCUUGGAGAAACAUACCAUGGAGAAGGAGAUUCAGCAAGCCAGUGCAUCCCUUGAUUUCUAUGAAAUGAAAGCAGCAAGAAUUGAGGAUCAGCUGAGGUUCUUCUCUGACCAGGCUCAGAAACUUGCAGAAGAAAGAUUUCAAAACUCAGUUUCAUUGGAAAAUACACAAAAGCGAUUGUCAGAAGUGAGAAUAUCUUCUCAUCAGGCAAGGGAGUCACUGGAGGACUCACAAUCUAGGAUUGAGAAAAGUCGAGUGGCUUUGACGGAGUUGCAGAUAGAAAUAGAGAGGGAAAGGUUCAACAAGAAAAGACUUGAGGAGGAAUUGGGAGUGGUGAAAAGGAAAGUGUUACGUCUUCGAGCUGAGACAGAAGGAUCAUCAAUUGUAGAAAGGCUUCAACAAGAACUUAGAGAGUACAAGGAAAUACUGAAGUGCAGUAUCUGUCUUGACAGACCGAAGGAGGUAGUCAUUACGAGAUGCUACCACCUUUUCUGCAACCCUUGUGUACAAAAAAUUACUGAGAGUCGUCACCGCAAGUGUCCAGUGUGUGCAGCAAGCUUUGGUGCUAAUGAUGUUAAACCUGUUUAUAUCUGAUGUUGGAGCUCCCAUCAGAACUGCUCGUCCAUGAGAUUCAGCCAGCAUCUCGCGUGCAUGCAACAACUCCGGACAUACGAGCACACUCACAGGUUCCCAUGUAUUGUUAUAGUAGUGAGUUGUUAGAAAAGAAUCUAGACAGGAAUUAGAGGGUUCCUGUCCAUUGGGUCAGUGCAAAUCCUCCCAGAUUUGCUUGUUUGGUUCCAAGUUGUUGAUUUGACUUAAUUUUAUUGUAUCUAUGAUGUUUGCCUCUUCAUUUAACUGCUUGGAACCACUGGAAUCUUUCGAUUUGUUAUUUGCAGAUUAGUCAGAAUUGAUCAAAUUCUAUAUCCAGAGCCAUGGACAUUGCUUGAUCGUAUAAUGAUAUAAAAUUUAUGAUGCUAUGCCUCAAAAAAGAGAAAAAAACAAGAUCACUGGAGCACUGCUUUGAAA